CAUUAAAAAUGUUGUCUCUCCAUUUUUGCUUGCCUCAAAGCAAGCAUCCAUCCUCAUUUCCUCCACUCUGUCUCUUCACCCCCAAGCAUUCAACACCUACAUCUCAAUGGAUUGAACAUGGUGGGAAUUAUGGCAAUGCCAAGAAAAGAACGAAGUUAUCAUCUUCUUGGAUUAUUCCUGCGGUGGACAAUGAUUCACAGCAGUUUGAGGUAGACCCAGAAAAGGCUAAAGAAGCCCUUCAAAAGCUUGACCAGCAGCUGCAAACCCUCUCAAAGAAACAAGUUAGCACUCCUAAGAUUAGAGCUUCAGAUGUGAAACUUGCAAGAGACAAAGUGGUGGAGGAUACCCCAGAAAUUUCAGGGUCUUUCCUAGCAAAUUUAACUGUUGUUCUCCUUAUUUUAACAAUCUUUUACAAUGUAUUAUUUUACGCGGUGAUAAAGCCAUCCAUAGAUGGACCUGAUGAUCAGUCAGCUCCACAACCUAACUACAAGUUGGUCAGAUGUUGCAAUUAUGACACUUUUGACUCUGAAGUUAAGAUUUACAGCUUGUGGACUAAUUCUUAGAGAAGGAUUAACGAUUUUCUUUUUUAUCUUAGGAUUUCAGGAAAAGCAUUCAUCCUAUUCUUGGUUAUACACCACUCUGUCCAAACGUUGGAACAAACAGUUGUUAGUCCAGUUCAUGUUGUUGAUAUAUGAAUGAUGAAAGAAUAUGUGAAAGAAUCUUGGAUUAAGUUGUUAUUUGUGAAGCAACAUCAGAUAACAGAUUUUGAAUUUGUGUUGCCUUUAGCCUAUUCAAAAAGUGGUGACCAAGUUUUGUUGAACCAAGAUGGGAAGAAGUUUGUCUAGUAUGAUUAGAAGGAAAGAGUUAAGAAUGUAAAGAUUCGAGGAGCUCCAAGUUCAUUUGAAAUGAAUAUGUUGGUUGGCAACCUUAUCUCUUUUAAUGAUAUAAGAACUUUUGGUGAACGUCGUGCAAAUGCCAUGCAAUUAAGUCUUGUUAUUUGGAACAUGUGUAUUUCAAUGGCAUGUUUGUAG